AUGAGACGGAACACCAUCAUCACCACCACCACCACCAUCAUCACAAACACGGUCACGACCAUAAACACGAUCAUGAGCAUGGACACGAACACAAACAUGGUCAUCAUCAUGGACAUGAUCACAAGCACGAGCACAAUCAUGCCCACAAGCAUGGACAUGAUCAUCAUCAUAAGCAUGGACAUGAACACCAUCACAAGCAUGGACAUGGUCACCAUCACAAACAUGGGCAUGGUCACCAGCACAAACAUGAGCAUGGACAUCAUCAUGGACACCACCACGUUCAUAAACAUGGCCAUGGCCAUCAUCACAAACACGGACACCAUCAUGGACAUCAUCAUGCACAUCAGCAUGGUCACCACCACCUCCACAAACACGGUCAUGAUCAUCACCAUAAGCAUGGACACGACCAUCAUCACAAGCAUGGACAUCACCAUCAACAUGGUCAUCAUCACCUCCACAAGCAUGGACAUGACCAUCACCACAAACACGGACACGAUCACCACCACAAGCAUGGACAUCAUCAUAAUCAUGGACACCAUCACCUUCACAAACAUGGCCACGAUCACCAUCACAAACACGGGCAUGACCACCACCACAAGCACGGACACCACCAUGGACAUCACCACGGGCAUCAUCACAAACACGGACACCACCAUGGACAUCAUCAUGGUCAUCAUCACCAACACGGACACCAUCAUGGACAUCAUCAUGGUCAUGAUCACAAGCACGGUCACCACCAUGGACAUCAUCAUGGACACCAUCACGGGCACCAUCACAAACAUGGACAUCAUCACGGACAUCACCAUGGUCAUGGACACCACCAUGGACAUCAUCAUGGCCAUCACCAUAGCAGCUUGCAUGGUCAUGGUCUUGGAGGAUUCAGUUAUGGUGGAUUUUAAGAUCACUAGUUCUUUUUUGAAUUUAGUUACUUUUUCAUCUGUUUCAACAUUGCCAAGAACGUGUUUCUCAUGGAAUUUUUAUUGA